AGGCAGCGACCGAACCCGGGCAGCAGGGCUUCCACCCGAGGCGGGAGGCGCAGCAGCUACUCUGGCGCGUGUGCGCUGGUGGCCUGAAUGAAGUGGAUCAUGACUGCCCCUUCUGUGCUGUCGCUGUCUGGCUUGCUUUUUCUGAGGUUUCCCUAAGCCAUCACCUGGUGGAACCACUCCCAGAUUUUGUGUACAAGUGCUUUGGAAAAGAUGGCUGAUAUUAGCCUCAAGGAAAUAACCUUAAUAGUAGGUGUGGUCACUGCCUGCUAUUGGAACAGCCUCUUCUGCGGUUUUGUUUUUGAUGAUGUUUCAGCAAUACUGGAUAAUAAAGACCUACAUCCGUCUACACCUUUAAAAACUUUAUUUCAGAAUGACUUCUGGGGAACCCCUAUGUCUGAGGAGAGAAGCCAUAAGUCUUACCGCCCCUUAACAGUAUUGACAUUUCGCUUAAAUUAUCUGUUUAGUGAACUGAAACCAAUGUCAUAUCAUCUCCUAAAUAUGAUUUUUCAUGCUGUGGUCAGUGUGCUAUUUCUUAAAGUCUGCAAACUUUUUCUCGACAACAGAAGCAGUGUGAUUGCUUCUUUACUCUUCGCAGUACACCCAAUACAUACUGAAGCAGUAACGGGUGUGGUAGGAAGAGCAGAACUUUUGUCAUCUAUCUUUUUUCUAGCUGCAUUUUUGUCAUAUACCAAAUCAAAAGGACGGAAUAAUUCUAUAGUGUGGACGGCAAUUGCAUUGACAGUGCUCUUAGUGGCUGUUGCAACAUUGUGUAAAGAACAAGGAAUAACAGUUGUGGGAAUUUGCUGUGUGUAUGAAGUAUUUAUUGCCCAGAGGUAUACUUUGCCAUCAUUAUGUACUACUGUUGGACACUUUCUCUGUGGAAAGGGUAGUAUUCCAUUUUCUAUGCUGCAGACAUUAAUAAAACUCAUUGUUUUGAUGUUCAGUACACUAUUACUUGUUGUGAUUAGAGUCCAGGUUAUUCAGUCCCAACUUCCAGUAUUCACCAGGUUUGAUAACCCAGCUGCUGUAAGCCCAACUCCAACAAGACAGCUAACUUUUAACUACCUCCUCCCUGUGAAUGCUUGGCUUCUGUUAAAUCCUUCAGAGCUCUGCUGUGAUUGGACCAUGGGAACAAUACCACUUAUAGAGUCAUUUCUAGAUAUUCGAAAUGUUGCCACAUUUAUUUUCUUUUGUUUUUUGGGGGCUUUGGGAGUAUUCGGUCUCAGAUACCCUGGCAAUUCCUCCAAAACUGUUUUAAUGGCACUUUGUUUAAUGGCAUUACCAUUUAUUCCUGCAUCGAACCUUUUUUUUCCAGUUGGAUUUGUUGUUGCGGAGCGAGUAUUAUAUGUUCCUAGCAUGGGGUUCUGUAUUUUGGUAGCCCAUGGAUGGUGCAAAAUAUCAACAAAAAGUGUAUUUAAAAAGUUAUCCUGGGUUUGUCUGUCUUUGGUGAUAUUCACUCAUGCCUUAAAAACACUCCACAGAAAUUGGGAUUGGGAGUCUGAGUAUACGUUGUUUAUGUCAGCCUUGAAGGUAAAUAAAAACAAUGCCAAAUUAUGGAAUAAUGUGGGUCAUGCUCUGGAAAAUGAAAAGAACUUUGAGAGAGCUUUGAAAUACUUCCUACAGGCUACCCAUGUUCAGCCAGAUGAUAUUGGUGCCCACAUGAAUGUAGGAAGAACUUAUAAAAAUUUAAAUAGAACCAAAGAAGCUGAAGAAUCUUACAUGACAGCUAAGUCAUUGAUGCCUCAAAUUAUUCCUGGUAAAAAAUAUGCAGCCAGAAUAGCGCCUAACCACCUAAACGUGUAUAUCAAUCUGGCCAACCUGAUCCGUGCAAAUGAGUCCCGACUGGAAGAAGCAGAUCAGCUGUAUCGACAAGCUAUAAGCAUGAGACCCGACUUCAAGCAGGCUUAUAUCAGCAGAGGAGAAUUGCUUUUAAAAAUGAAUAAACCUUUCAAAGCAAAAGAAGCAUAUCUUAAAGCACUAGAGUUGGACAGAAAUAAUGCAGAUCUUUGGUACAACUUGGCGAUUGUUCAUAUUGAACUUAAAGAACCAAAUGAAGCUCUAAAAAUUUUCAAUCAUGCUUUACAACUAAAUCCAAAGCAUAAGCUAGCAUUAUUCAAUUCUGCUAUCUUAAUGCAGGAAUCAGGUGAGGUUAAACUCAGACCUGAAGCUAGAAAACGACUUCUAAGCUAUAUAAAUCAAGAGCCACAAGACGCUAAUGGUUACUUCAAUCUGGGCAUGCUUUGCAUGGAUGACAAAAAGGACACUGAAGCCGAGAUGUGGAUGAAGAAAGCCAUAAAAUUACAAGCUGACUUCAGAAGUGCUUUGUUUAAUCUGGCUCUGCUGUAUUCUCAGACUGCAAGGGAAUUAAGGGCUUUGCCAGUUUUAGAAGAGUUGCUCAGAUACUAUCCUGAUCAUAUUAAGGGUCUCAUUUUAAAAGGAGACAUUCUGAUGAAUCAAAAGAAAGAUGUACAUGGAGCCAAAAAAUGUUUUGAAAAGAUUUUGGAGCUGGAUCCAAGCAAUGUGCAAGGAAAACACAAUCUUUGUGUUGUUUAUUUUGAAGAAAAGGACUUACUAAAAGCUGAAACAUGCCUGAUUGAAACGUUGGCAUUGGCACCACAUGAAGAAUAUAUCCAGCGCCAUUUGAAUAUAGUCAGAGAUAAAAUUUCCUCAGCCACUUUAAUAGAACAACCAAUAUUCCCUGCCAGUAGGACUUUAGGUGUACAAAGAGACAAAAGUCGAACUGAAAAUGUAAAAGAUUCCAGAAGCGAACCCAGACCCACAGAGAUAAUAAAAACAAGUGAUAAUAAAAGUCAGUCUAAAUCUAACAAACAAUUAGGAGAAAAUACAGGCAAAGAGACCCCUCACAAAACAACAAAAGAAGUCAAAGAAAUUGAGAAGAAAAGAGUUGCUGCUUUAAAAAGACUAGAGGAGAUUGAACGUAUUUUGAACGGUGAAUAGCAUUACUCUGUAUUACAUGACUGGUUUCAAAGAACUACCUGUGUCAUGUGAUUGCUUAUGGGAGCUUUGAAAAAUGGUGGAGAUUCAUAACAACCUCUACAUAGAAUCAAAAUUAGGGUUUUUACUAAAAACCUGCCUUACUCCAUAUAAGAUAUGGCAGUAAUUUUAUGAGUUUUGGUGAAUGUAGCAGAAAUAUUAAAUUAUAGCUGGCCAAUUUGUAUCUGUUGUAAUAGAAGGGAGAUUCUCUCAGCAAAAGAACCUUGACUACUCUCAAUUAAAAAUAGUCUGGGGCCUGAACGAUGACCUCUGGGGGUCACAUCCAACAUUUGCUUUUUCGUUCUGCGAAUUCCCAUUUAUUAGCUGACUUCAUUUUUCCUUUACCUGUUGGAAUCUGGCUAUAGACUAGAAACAUUUAUUGAAUGCUUUUUAUUUUCAGUGAGUGACCUUCUGUUUAACCAAGAGACUUUGCCUACAAAAGAAUACUGAAUUUAUUUGUAUUCUUAUGUUGAUAUUUAGAAGGAGUGUCGGAUGAAACAUGUUAAAAUAAGUCACGUGACGUGAGUUUAAGAAUAUAUUUUCAUAAUUUUGCUUGUCUUUCACUCUAAAUAGCAAUUUUUAAUCAGGUAAAGUUUUAAAUAUAUAUAUAAACACAACACAUUUCUAAUGGUGCUCAUAUAUACUGUAUUUUUUUUAACGUACUGAGAAUUUCACAGCAUUAACCACAUAAUCAUGAUUAUCUUUGACUUCCCAAACUACUCAUGUUUUUUAGGGUCAAAGUCAUAUUAAAAAGCUUCAAUAAUAUAACUUUAUUUAAACUUUUGAGUUAAAAUAUAGUUAUUUUUAUCUUAGUAUUAUCUCUAGUGUUAUUUGAACUUUAAUUUUGUUUCAAACACCUCAAGCAACCUUAAGUAACUAAACUAAGUUCUGUUUAACUGAAGGCAAACAAUGUGACAAAGUUUAUUUUUUAAACACUAAGUUCUUAAUAUCUUGUUAUGUUGUAUAUUUUAUUAAAUAUUUAUUUUGACUACUGAGCUUCCUUAAAAUUUUUAAAGCUGUUUUAAUUGUAUUAAAUGUGGAAAACAAAUUACUUUUCAUUUUCCUAUAUAUGCGUGUAUUGUGGUUUAACCAAAAUUCCUUCAUUUUUGGCCUGCUUUCUAGCUAUAAAAGAUAAUUAGCCAUAAUAUUGAAUUAAUAAACUGGUCAGUUGGUUUUAACACAUUUGAACCUGAAAACUGUUAGGCUAAAGAGUAGAUACAAAUCAUAUUUAUUAAUUUAAAUCUAAUAUUUUUGACAUAAAUGCAUUUCAAAUGAAUUUCAUAAUACUUAGUAAACUUGAUUUUAACUUAAAAUGUUAAAGCAAACAUCUUGGGAUAAUAACAAAUGCCUAAUUAUGUAGAAUUUCAAAAACUGUUUUUUUUGAGAUAACUAAUAUCUAAUGUGUGUUUUACAAACCAUAUCUGUAUAACUUUUUUAAAGAAGUGGUUUAUAAAUAGGUCACAAGAAAUGUGGUCUUCAUUAAGGACUCCUACUAAGUUCCCCCAGGCUCUCUUGUAGAAUACCGUUUAGGUGGUUUAAAGCGAGCACUGACACUAAUGGUGCCUCAUUCUUGAUGUAGGAGAUUAGGUCAAUCAUUGUAGCAGUUCCUAAUACCAGUUCUUAAAUUAUGGCUUUGUGACUCCAGACACAUAGUGGAGAAUACCUCAUAUACUAUGACUUGAAAAUGAAAUCUAUGUUAUUCUUAUGUUCUUUCCACACGUCUUCAGAAAAAAAUUCUGAGUGUGAUCUGUUAUAGUAGCAAGUGAGUACAGUUCAGAAAAGUAGAAGCAAAAUUGUCAUGACAACAGACCAUAAUAAAGGCUUUGAGUCAUAUUUUAAUAAAAUUAUAUAACUCUUCAAAAGAUAAAAGAUAUAUUAAUGUUAUCCAGAUUUUUGUAUAGAAAAAAGAAUUUCCUCCCUAUUAACACUUAGAAGAGUGCCUACCAUGUAGGAAGUACUUACAUAUUUGAAUUUUAAAUAAUUUAUUCAAAUCAAAACGAUCCUGAGUAAUGAGUAAUUUUUCCAGAUCAGUGUCUCUCAACCUUUAUAAAAGAAUUAUCUUAAUGUGGACCCUGUCCACAAUAGUUAAAUCUGAAUUUUUAUGAUGGAGCUAUUAAGGGCUUCUAAGGUUCUCCAGCUGAUUCUAAUUUGUUGUCAGGUUUAACAACCACUGCUCUAAAUUAAAAAAAAAACUUUCUUAUAUCUCCUGUAUUAAGUAAUUAUUUUUAAGUAAGAUAACCCAAUUAAGUUUUUAUAUUUUUACAGUUUUAUUAAGGAAUAUGCUCUUCUGGUAACUAGUAGAGUCCUCAUGUAACAGCAUGAAUAACUUCUUGGAAACUGCUACAUUCAGUAAAAUGACAUACAAUAAAACCAGUUUACUACAGGCUAAUUGAUAAAAAAAAAAAAAAAGUUACUUUCCUACAGCAUAUUUCUGGUCACAAAAACCUCACCAAACUUCUAAAUACCCAAGACAGUUAUAAUAAUAAACAUUGACACAAAUAUGUUAGACACACAUUUCAGAAAGAUUAAUGAAAACAUGUAAUAGAAUUUCCGACCCUUUUAUUUCUGUUCAAGGUCGAGGGAGGCCAGAGCUGCUCCUAAGCAGCUCAGAGCACAGGGCAGGCACCCACCCUGGACCAAGUGCUCUCCCGUCCCUGGGCUCACACACCCACACCCACUCAGACUGGACAGUGUAGGUGGACAUGCCAGUUAAACUAGCUUGCACAUCUUCGGAUGUAGGAGAAAAUAGAGUAUCUGGAGAAAACCCAUGCAGACAGUUGUCCCAGCUGGGAAUCAGUUUUCCCCCCUCAUCAACAUUGUGUCAUUAAAAAGAACACUGAACAGACUGUUUCUUGAAGACUUGUAUUUAUUCCAUUUUAAGUUCCAUCAAGCUUACUUACAUGACAGACGAUUAUUUCUUCUCCUUAAGCUCAUAAUAGGACUUUAUCCAUACUGUUCAGGUGAGAAAAAGGUCAUAGAACUGCCUUUUUGGGAAAACAGAGGGUAGGGACAUUUAGGCCAGUUCACUAACCUGUGGUUCAGACUUGUGAGCAUAUGUAAAUUUGGAAAAGAAAACAUAUCAUAGGACUCUGUGCUGGUGAGGAUGUGGUUUUAGUUCUCACUGUUUUACAAAGGAAUCUAUUGAUACUUCCUGGAGCUCUAGGAAAGCUUUGACAAUCCCCAGGGGGAAGUUAAUUAUGUUACUCUUUUACUGCUUCUCAGAAGGAAGAAUUAAGUUUUUGAUUUAUUGCUCCUAUAUGUGUUCCUUACAAACAUUCAGAAUUGGGAAGCUUAUCUUACAGUUAUUUCAGUAAGUAGUUUUGAGGUUGGUGUCUUGGAGCACAAAAUAAAUAUUUUGCAAUUGUGUGUUUACUUUUAUGUAAAUAUUUGGUAUGUGAAUUACACAAUUUUAAUAAAACCAUGGCUUUCAUUACA